AUCGAUAGUAUCGAUAAUAGUAUCGCCCACCCCGUCACUUGUAUUCCAAAUGCAUUGCAAAACAAAUAUUUAUGUCAAAGAAUUAGAAACCUCAUAUUUAUAAUAAGUUCUACAUUAUCAAAUGGCACAAGUGAUUGCAUUAAGGACAAGUGACUAGAGCACUUAUUUCUGCAAACAUUUCUGAUGAUAUCAAAACAUUCAAUAUUUCCGUCACAUAUAAUAACUUACUUUGUCAAGGAAUAUUUCUUUGUAUGGAUUAGAGUUAGAUGAAUCGUCAACCGUUUCAUAAGUUUUCGUUUUCAAUUUUAGCCGUAUAAAAUCUCUCUUCUUGAGUUCUAAAAACGUUUCAAGGUCAUCGAUUCCUUCAGCAACUGGACUAAAUGGAAAAGGCUGGUUAUUUUUAGGUCGUAUUUUGUGUGAAAUGUAAAGUACUUAUAAUACUAAUAAUCUUGAUUGAAAAAUCGUCGCGAUAUGAACUUCUUAUCAUUGUUCUCUGCUGUCCAUAAGGAAAAUGUAGUAUGCUGAUCAACAUCAUGAAAAUUUAAGAAACUGUUUUGUGCUAAUAUUUCUACUGCAUAUGCUUGUAGAAAUUCAUCGUAACCGACGGUAUUACAGGUUUGAAGCAAAAGGCAGACUGUGUUAUCAAAUUGCACCAGUUCUUGUAUUAUACCGUAAGAUGGAAAAAACAUAUUGUGAUGAGUUUUCAGGGCUACAAUCAGAUUUUUUCGAAAUUCUAUUCCAUUCAAAGUAACAGAUUUCGGACAACUUACAACUGCAAUAUGUUGUGGUUAGAAUACAUGGCUUUGUGUAUGUUCUUUAAGCUUCACUGGUCCCGAUGAGAAAGUGAGUUUAUCGCGGAAAGGAUUAUCGAUCACAUCUACCACCAUUCUAAAGCAUUGCCGCUCUCCUAUGCUUUUGCAGAUGUUUUUGAAAUUCCGACAAGUAGCUGCCUGCCCUUUUAGAGGUUUAUUUUUUUGUUCAAAUGUUAAACAAUUAUACUGCUUCAUGCUUCUUCUUUUUCGUAUACAUUCAACAUAAUGCAAUAGAUGAUGACUUUUGUUAAUGCGUUUUUCAAAGUUUUUGUAGAAUACAUCGUUAUAAAUACGUAUAUGUUCAUCUAACCAUAUUAACAUGUCUUCGGAUACUGUUGGAGAUAACAAAAUUCUGCUAAUAUUAAUUAAAUGGCCGAUCAUUUGCAUUAGUUCACAUUCCGAUGAAACUUUAUGGCCAAAUAAAAAAGGAAAGGCUCUGAGGAAUAAAAAAUACUGAGCUGCCGUUUGCCUCAUUUUGUGCUGGUUGGGUUUAAAAAGCAUAUCAUUUAUGAUAUUGGCUGAUGGGCGAUUUUUUCGGUCUACGUAGCCAUAAUUAAACGUACUAAUGCGAUGAUUUAUAUAAUCCUUAGUUAAGCCAGCUACUUUUUGCUUCACAUAACGGCCUAACACCAAUUGCAGAGUCAGUGGGAUUAUUCCUUCGCCAAGAUCAUGCAUGACAUCCAAUGCCCAAUUGGUUGUAACGUGGAAGUUUUCGAGUUCGUUUAAAAUACUACCAGUUGAUUUCAGACCACAUUCAGCAGGUUUAAUAAGAGCAUUUUGUACAGCAUAUAGAUUCGCAUCAUACCAUUCAAUUGUACGAUGUGGGAACUUCGUCGUGGGAGUUUUUUGAAAUGAGGGUCGAUCAAUUGUACAAAUUCUACAAAAAUAUGUAGCACUUGGUCCUAGCAAUCCGAAUAUAUCGUGUGCCGCUAGCGUAUCUCCACAAAAUAUGGUCACUGUAGCUCUCAGUUGAAAUUUUUCAUUUCCGUAAAAAACAUCAACGCCUGUUUGCAGCUGUUUCAAAUCUGCGAUUAAAGGUUCCAUAAUUUUGUUAAAUCCAUGCUUUUUUGUUGUGCUGGACAGUGCAUAAAUUACCGGGAAAAUAGAUUUCGGUGUACUAUUCCAUUUAUCUGGAAAAUUUUGGAUUUUAAAGCAAAAAUUGGAAAUUUUGUUUUUUCCAGCUUUUGAGCUGAAUGCAUUCCCUAAUUCCACGUCAUCCUCGUAUAUUGAUAAACGGAUUGCAUUCGGGUGCUGUUUGAAAAAGAUACACGAUCCGAAAGUCUCUCCCGGUUCGAAUGAACCAUAUUCUUUUAUGCAUGUGGUUUCUGUGUCAUGAUUCUCGCUCAGAAUGUUGCGAGUCUUAGGGUUUCUGAAUAUCAUUUUCAGAGUUUCUAUAAUAGGAAUGUAUACAAAGGUGUCAUUUACUGUAACAGCCUUCGAGAUCCCAUUGGAAUGGCGCACCACAGUUCGACUUCCUACACAUUUUUCAACUGGUCGUGGUAAAUUUCCUACCAAUGAUUUUAGAAACUUCUGCUACGAAAUUUUUGAUUUGAUAUUUUUGAAUAAAUUUAAACAACGAAAUUUAUUAAUGAAACUCAAAGUAGUUGAAUUACGCAAAUCGACAUUGUUACAUUGAAGAAACGAGACAGUACACUUCUCUAAAUAAGUGGUUAGGUGAUUAACGACGUUUUCGCAAAUAUUGAUAGCUUCCAUAAUUUUACACCGAGGAAGUCCAGAAUCAGCAGCAAGACGACAUAUGCUGACUGAAAUAAUUUGCAUUAUUUCUUCUAUGGUUUUAUUAUCGUCGUCUUCAAAUUCAUCGUCAUGAAUUUCUUCAGCCUGAUAUACUGGCAUUUCAUAAAAAUGUUGUGACGAAACGUCGGCAGAAAGAGUUUUUGUACUUAUUGAUCUUCUGUGUUUCUCAGUUAUACGUCGUUUUAAAGAAGUGAAAUGAUGGUAUCGCAUGGUACACAUGGGAUAAGUACAAUCGUAAUAGAUAGAAUCUGGGGUGAAAUCAUUGUUGCGGAUGUGCCAUGAUACAUGACGCCCAAGUUCUUCUACAUAGCCGCUUACUUUUCUACCACAAAAAAAGCAAGCAAUGGCAUCAAUAGCCAAAUCAUUUAACUAAAAUACACAAAAACGUACAUAUUUAAUAAAUAAUAACUUACUGAAUAGAUCGUGUACCUCCACGUCGUCUUCUUGUAGAUUAGAUAGUACGAUAUCCAUUUUUAUUUUAUUUGAAAAUUACACGCGGAACACUUUUAAAACGCAGCUUCGAAACUCUUUGAAUAUUUGAAAAUGGCGGACUUUUGAUGUUUCGUUUUGACAGAUGCAGAAAAAUUGCCGAACAGUAUAGUAAAAAACAACAAAAAAUCAGUAAAACAAUUGAAAUGUUUUCAGCAACACCUAGGUAGGUGCUGACAGAUCGUCAAAUAUUUACCGAACUUUAUGAAAGUGCAGAACAUAUUUUAGUUUACAGAAAAGGUCAGUGAUAUUUUUGCUGAGCUCGUCAAGUACCUUUUGUAUAACGGUAAUCCGGUAAAAAUUUUAACCGACAUCAGUUAUUUUCGAGGAAAUUACAAAAUGAUCAGUAUUUUUUCAAAUUUACUGAGCGUGACCGUAAUAAAAAUUACUGAACAAUCAAAACGAGGAUAAGUGUGUACAGAUUUUAUACAGACAUUUAGUAUAAUACAGAUAUUACACAGAUAUCUGAUAUUCUACAUAAUGGUUUUACCAGUAUACACAAAAAAACGAACACAAAAACCAAAAGUCACUGUAGCCGUUGCUGGAAAAAGUGAACUAGGAACUGAACACUUUGCUGAACAUAUUAAUCUUGCGUUUUUGAGAGUGAAAUCAUGACAACGGGAAUCGAGUGCCUGUUUCGCCCACAGUAACAAACAGCUGAUUGUCUCGAUCGAUUGCCAUGCAGGUUAUAUUGGUGAAAAGACCGUUUGUUCUAUUCGGAGCAAUAUCCAACGUUGAAGAAUUGCUUAAAAUGUCCCAAACCUUGAAGGUACUAUUUAGCUACAUUACGACGAACGACGAUUUUUAUCACGGGAAAGACUCUUAUUUCUAUGUGUUACUUAGAUUUAAAAGAUAAAUUAGUUAUCGAUUAAUCGACCAACUAUGAUAGACUCGAAAAAGAACUAUCAAAACAAGCAAUAAAACAAAACAAUCUGACAGGUCGACAAAUAAUUAGGUAUCAAUGUAUCGGUAACUUUUUUUUCGCAGCGGUAUACAGACUUAUACAGACAUUUUUAUGGAUUAUACAGACUUGCCAAAAAAAGUCUGGCAUCUCUGCUCGUUACGCCGGUUGACGCAAAUCAAAACGCUAAGAGAAUAAACAUGUGCUUCGAGCAAAACUCUCUCUUCAUAUUGCUCUCUAUCGAGUAAUCAACGGAUGUCAGAUAUACAGACAUUUCGGAAAUAUUAAAAUUUUGAGGUCCACUUCAAAUCCGAAAAUCUCGGAAACCGCUUGUAAUUUUCGGUAAGUUUUCCUAUGGAAUAUCUGAAGUGAAAUUUUAGUUUACUUAUUAUACUAUUUUUUGGAAUAGAAAGGGUUUAGAAUUAAUUGCUAUGAACGUCAACGGUAAAAGGUUCAAUUUUAGUACAUUUGGCCUCGCUGCCUGUUAGGUGAGCGGCGAGAGUUGAUUCGCGCCGGUAUUUAUUUGGAGAGACGGACCCACGGAAAGGGUUUGGUCUCUGGAACAAAUGGUGUUACCUUCUGUUAGGAACAUGGUCUGCUGUUUCAAAACAUAGUAUUAAAGUAAAACUUGUGUGUAUCAAUUAGGUUUCGAGAAAAGCAGAACGAGAAAAUUCAGUGCAAAGUCCUAAUCGAGCUUCGAACAUCGUCUUCGAUCUCGUGCUAUCAGCGAUACACCUCUGAAACACCACAUCGGUGCUAUAUAAGCAAAACUCCCAUACAUCGCGAGCAAUCCGCUUACAGUUGACUAUUUCAUAACGUUCCGUUCGUGGCCCCAGCAAAGAUCGUCGUGCGCUUAUCAUCGUCUGCUGCUUACCGGAGUUCUUUUUGCAUCGUACGCACUUUUGACAUUCAUAGUAGAGGAGCUGUGGUGGACUAAAGUGUAUUGUCUUACUACUUGUGAUAAAACUUCAAGCAAAGCGACAACGUGGAUUAGCUGCGGUAAGAGAGAUUUAACACAGGAACAACAGUGACGUAAGCUGAAGGAACACAUUCCAGUCGUUGUGCACCCGGACUGACUGGUGUCAAGUAGCAGCUGUUGUGUCUUUUUUACUGCGGACCAAAACCAGAAACUUAAACGAUGGGACUACUGAGCGAGGGCAGUCCGCUGAGCUGGGACGAAACGAAGGCACUGGCGCAGCAUGUUCGUGAACACGGAAUCGAACAGUUUGUCAACCUGUACGCACGGCUCAAAGACCGCCAGGGAGAUGUACUCAAGUGGGGCGACGAAGUCGAGUAUGUCAUCGUACGUUUCGACGAUGAGAAGCAGGAGACGCAGGUUUCGCUACGAGCGCGCGAGAUACUAGAGGUACUCAACGAAAAGGAAGCAGCCGAUCCAAAUGGUGUAAAGUCUCUCUGGCGACCGGAGUACGCUUCGUACAUGAUUGAAGGCACACCCGGUAAACCGUACGGUGGUCUGUUGGCACAUUUCAAUGUGGUCGAAGCAAAUAUGCGCUACCGGCGCAUGGAAGUCACCGAGAUGUUGCCACCUGGCGAGCAUGUAAUGUCGAUAACUAACUUCCCCCGACUGGGAUGUCCUAACUUCACCUAUCCGCCGGCGAAACCCACCCCAGAGGAUGUGAAUUGUGCAGCUCGAUCACUUUAUUUUCCCGAUGAAGCUAUAUAUCCUGGCCAUCCGCGCUUUAAGACGCUCACUCGAAAUAUUCGCCAGCGCCGGGGCGAAAAGGUUUCCAUAAAUCUGCCUAUUUUCCGUGAUAAGAACACGAAAAUUCCUGUCGAGGGAAGCCUUCCCGAUAAACCGGACUACGUACAUAUGGAUGCGAUGGGCUUCGGAAUGGGGUGCUGCUGUUUGCAGUUGACUUUCCAGGCUUGCAACAUUACAGAAGCGCGUACGCUGUACGAUCAACUGACACCGAUGUGUCCAAUAAUGCUGGCGCUGACGGCUGCUAGCCCGGCCUAUCGCGGCUACCUAACCGAUGUGGACUGCCGCUGGAAUGUAAUUUCUGCCUCGGUAGACUGCCGCACCAAGGAGGAAAGGGGAGAGGUGCCACUGAAAAAUGAUCGAUUCCGAAUCUACAAAUCUCGCUACGAUUCCAUCGACUCAUACCUAUCCCCAGCGGGGGAGAAAUACAACGACGUCCCGUUGGUGCUGGAUGAGGCCCUGUAUAAGCGACUCCGCGAAGGUGACAUCGAUCAUCUUCUAGCACAGCAUAUUGCGCAUCUGUUCAUCCGGGAUUCGGUUUCGCUGUUCAGCGAAAAAGUUCACCAGAACGACAAGGAAGACACCGAUCACUUCGAGAACAUUCAGUCUACCAACUGGCAAACGAUGCGCUUCAAGCCACCUCCACCGAAUUCUUCGAUUGGUUGGCGUGUCGAGUUUCGCCCGUGCGAGGCACAGCUGACGGACUUUGAAAAUGCUGCCAUUGUCUGCUUUGUCGUUCUUUUAACCAGAGUCAUCCUAUCCUAUCAGCUGGAUUUUCUGAUUCCCAUCAGCAAGGUGGACGAAAACAUGCAAACCUCUCAAAAACGGGGAGCUUUGCUAACGGAAAAAUUCUGGUUCAAAAAAAAUAUUGCCGGUUUACCGGGGUCCGAGGCUCAACCUCGAUCGGAUGCUGAAACCAACAGUCAUAACAACGUAGAUGAAAGUAAUUCAACCGACCCCGAUAGUGAAUACGAACUAAUGACAAUCGAUCAAAUUAUAAACGGCAAAGGCUCUUUCCCGGGGCUGGUUCCACUGAUUAACAGCUACCUCGGCUCGAUGGAUGUCGACGCAGAUACACACUGUACCAUCCAGCAGUACCUGAAGUUGAUUCAAAAGCGGGCCUCCGGAGAGCUGCUUACGACAGCUUCCUGGAUCAGGAAACAAAUCACCGAACAUGAGGAGUACAAACAAGAUUCAGUAGUGAGCUCACGCAUCUGUUACGACUUAUUGAAAAAGGCCAAGGACAUCCAAGAUGGUAUCCGGCCGUGUCCGGAACUACUGGGCAGCAACAUAAAUUCAAAAACGGCCGACAACAUUCCGCCAGCAAUCGAGAAACACCUGACCAAGCACUGCUGCUGAAUUCGAUUUGUAAGCUGUGUGUUGUGCAUUUAGGAACGUACUGGCAGAACAACACUCUUGAGAAAUUUAUUACAAAAAUGCGGGUAAAGCUGUUUUUGGCUCAUUUUAUGGUACAGUUUUGACUGAUCCAAAGAACAAAGACGAGUGACUUAUUUGACUACUAGAUGAGGCGAAUGUUUUUUUUGGGUCUACUACGAAAGGCUGAAACUCAAAAGGCUGAAACACGAAAGGCUGAAAUUCGAAAGGCUGAAAUCACGAAAGGCUGAAAACUACAUAAGGCUGAAAACACGAAAGGCUGAAUCACGAAAAGCUGAAAAUCAUAAGGCUGAAAUUCACAAAGUUCAUUUCUAAAAGAACAAUCGCGGCCUACGGCCGACUCGAUUGUCCGAGAUGUAUGCUGUCCUUACUCGCUAUCGCUCGUUCGGAUUAAACUAGGGGAUCACCCCUACGAGUCAGUAGACCUAGGAAAACGAACGAACCUAUACAGAGGUGAUUUCUGCGGGGGGGCUGCCCCCCCGCAGUGGCCGGCGCUUCCGACGGCAGGUCGCCGGCGCACACUCGCGGCCUUCGGCCGUCUCGCCCUGAAUCAUCUAGGAAACGUGUACAAGAGUCAAGUGUGUAUAGAUUCAAAUGUUGCCGAAAAUUAAUUUUCCAUUGCACAAACCAAUUAAUACUCAAACAUUGAACUCUGUCACUUUAUAAAGGUUUGUUAUCCAUGUGUCCGAAUUUUUCAACGAUUAUGAUUCAAGUUACAAAAGUUUCAGCCUUUCAUGUUUCAGCCUUUCGUUCAUUCAGCCUUUUGUGGUUUCAGCCUUUUGUGCAUUCAGCCUUUCGUUAUGAAACAUACUUUUCAGCCUUUCGAGUUUCAGCCUUUAGGGUUUCAGCCUUUUGAGUUUCAGCCUUUCGUUACUAACCCGUUUUUUUUUAUAUCGAAUCCAGUGUUUGUCUUUUAGGUAAGGUUUAUUUUUAUGCUAAGGCUAUUGUUCAGUUUAAAUUGUAUCAGUGAUAGUUUUAUAUAGUUCUUGCGACCCAUCCGGCCGAUAAAUUUCACUGUACUGCGAUUUGUCUUACUUUUGUCGUUGUGGUCCCAGCAUUGCAGAGUUUAGCCCGGUAUUAGGAGAUCGAACAAAAUCUAUAUAGCACCUAGUUUUAUAGUAGAAAGAUGUUGAUAACCAGUAAACGACUUUUAUAUCGAAACGAGCAGGUGAUUUUCACAGUAUAAACUUUUUGCAGGCCAACUUGAACAAUAUAGUAUUCCUGAGAAAUAAUUAUAGUAAUCACAUCUUGGACGUUUUGACAGUCACUGUUGCUUUUAUCAUGUAACUGUUUGUGAAGAUUUUUUAAUAAAGCACGUUUAUUCGGCCUGCA